CGUUCGAAGCUCCCUACACCGCAGCCAUGGUCAUCAAUCCCACCUACCUCGCCCAGAGGACGCGAUCCUCUGUCAACUGGAGCGAUGCGAAACGUCGAGUUAUCCACUCUUACCGGGACUGGCUCCGUGCUGCCCCGGAGAUCCAGCAGAUGUACACACUUAACCUCCCCGUGAGCACGUUGCGGACGAAAGUCCGACAGGAAUUCGAGCGGCAUCGCUAUGUGAAUCAAUUAAAAACGGUGGACGUGUUAUUGUUCAAUUCGCACCAGGAGUUCCAGGAAACAUUGAAUUUCUGGAAGCAAAUCUCGCACGUAUUGAAGUAUUUCCGAGCGGAGGAGGAGCCGAACGCCCAUCUACCCAAGAACUUCAUCAAUGGGUUCUUGGAGGGACGGAAUUAGAAGGAUGGAAAUAUCCAACCAACAGGGAGUUCCGACCCCAGAGGAAAGGAAUAGAAAAGAAAGAUUCUGUAUAUAAAUAAGCCUGACAAUACCAAUUCCGUUAUCCGCCUGAACUUUCCCAUGCUUCCCUGAUGAUCUUAUACGUGAGUCACGGAACUCAUCGGACAAUGUAACC